ACGACAUUUCCCCCUAUCCAUAAGGUAGUAGCUGUUAGAAAUGCUGUGGUCCCUUUUACUGGUGGCAUGGUUUUGUGAAGUGCAUGGAUUUCCUGUGAAUACACCGAAGGGUCACACUGAUUUGCAGUUUGAUGAUGGUAAUAUUAACUCAUCGAAGAGUGGACCGCCUCCUCUGAAAAGACCAAGUGAAACAGUGCUGGAUUUUGAGGGAGACUAUGCUGUACAGGAGGGGGAUGUCAUACUACCUAGUGACAGGAACGCAGUGAAGCAACUGUGGGAGGAGGUGGAUGGAUAUAUGUCAGUGCCUUAUGAAAUAGAUUUAGUUCUUGAGCACAGGACUGAAAAUAUUCUUAAAGCCUUAAAUAUGAUCUCUGAGAAGACCUGCAUCGGGUUCCAUCCACAUACUAAUGAAACCGACUACUUGCACUUUGAGUACAGCAAUGGGUGUGCAUCUUACGUCGGCUGUGUGGGGGGUGAGCAGCCUAUCCUGGUUGGCCCGCUCUGUACGGUUGGGAACAUCUGCCACGAGAUCCUUCAUUCACUCGGCUUACACCACGAGCAUUCCCGCCGAGACCGUGAUGAUUAUAUCACUAUAGUUUAUCAGAACAUUGCCUCUGGGAAAGAGGACAAUUUUAUGGAGAAGGCAGGGAACACCCUCGGUCUGGACUAUGACCUGGAAUCAAUUUUGCAUUAUGGAGAGAAAUAUUUCUCUCGCAAUGGAAAACCUACGAUUCUGCCCAAAGAGAGUGGGGUAAAGAUCGGCCAGAGGACUCACUUGAGUUAUCUGGAUGUGCAAAGGCUCCGGAAGCUGUACCAAUGUGGCAAGAGACAAAAGUACCAAGCGACACCAUGAUGCAUCCAACUGCUCUGUUUGACUGUUGAAUGGUCAUUUGUUGAUCAGAGGAAUUCUGAAUCUAAGAAGACAAAUAAAGGUUUGAAAA